AUGUCGUCUGAUUCGAGCGAUACUCGGCGUGUAGUGUGCUUCCAUGGAUUGAUCGCAGAUGUGUUGACUUCAACCACAGACAAGAACCCAUCACGGCGAUUUCACAGAUGUCCAAAUGAAGAUAAUAAUCUGUUGGAGAAGCAAUUAAAGUGCACAAAAUAUUCUGAGAGUUUGCUUGCUGAGAAGUUAGAAUUGAAGGAGAAUGAAAUUAUUAGGCUACAAAACAAGAAUGAUGAUUUGGAGAAGACCAUUGCACAACUAGAAUUGAAGGAGAAUGAAAUGUUUAGGCUGCAAAACAAGAAUGAAGAUUUGGAGAAGACCAUUCAUGCCAUGUGCAAGCUACAAAACAAGAAUAAAGACCUAGAGAAGGCCAUUCAUGCACAGCUAGAAUUGAAGGAGAAUGAAAUUAUUCGGCUACAAAACAAGAAUGAAGAGUUGGAGAAGGCCAUUCAUGCAAUGUGCAAGAGAAAGAAGAUUGAGAGAAAAUUGAUUUUGUUAGUUUUAGUUUUUUGUGUGGCUAUGUUUUGUAAUGGAGUUGGAAAUGGAAAUGGUAGACUGAUGCUUAAAUAG